AAUCUCUUUCCUUCGUUUCUGUUUGCUCCUAAAACACACAUUUUACACAUCUUAGAGAUAUGUCGAUCUCCGGAGCUGUGCUUAGUGGGUUGGGUUCUUCUUCGUUCUUGAUCAACGGAGGCAAGAGAAGCAGCGUUGGCGGUGGAGCUAUGAGAGCUGGCCGGAAGAAUGUGAUCACUGCACCUCAGCGCAAGAAGUCGUGGGUCCCGACGGUCGUGAAAGGUUCUAGCAACACUAAUAACGAUCCCAAAUGGCUUGAUAAUGCCUCAGAGAAAGCUUCGGAGUACGUGAAGGAGAAGGGAAGUGAAGUGGGACAAGUGUCUGCUGAAAAGGGACAAGAACUUCAAAAUCAUAUGGAGAGAGCAAAAGACUACAUUUUCGGGAAAGCUGGUGAAGCGAUGGACGCAGUGGCUGAAAAUGCAAAGAGAGCUUCGGAGUUUGUGACGGAUAAAGGCAAAGAGACGAAGGAGGAAGCUGCUUCAAUGACAGAGAACGCCAAAGACUUCAUCGUUGAAAAAGCAGGUGACGUGAAAGAUUCAGCGACGGAUAUGAAAAAUAAAACGGCUAAGUACGUCGGAGAUAAAGCAUCAGAGGCUAAAGAAGCAAUAUUGCCUCCAAAAACUGAUGUAUAGAUUAAUGUGUUGGUAAUUAAAUUACAUGUGCUCAUAUUUCGAGCCCUAAUUAAACAUAUUGAGGCAAUGUAGAAAUUACUAUAUAUGUUUUUAUGUGAUUAUAACUGUUAUUAAUAAAAGGAUUAAAAGAGCGGUUAAUUAUUC